AAGAUAGAUUCGCUCACUCCCUCCUGCCGCCUCACACCUCGCACCUCACCACCACCACCACAACCACCACUACUACAACUACAACCACCACCACUACUACAACUACCACCACCACCUCGCCACACGCUAUUCUGUAUCCUGACCUAACGAGCAAACUGACCUAACCUAACCUAACCUAACCUGAUUUAAUUGAACUAUCAAGCUAAUCUGACAAGCACUUAACCUAACCAACCUAACAUUACGUAAUCUAACAUAAGCUAAUCUAACUUAACCUUCUAACCUAACCUAACCCAUCUUAACCUAACGUAACAUAGCUUAAUCUGACCUAACCUAACCUAACCUCACCACCUCACACACUCAUUCUGCACCGUGACUCAACUUGACCUAACCUAACGUAACUUCACCUAACCUUUACCACCUCACACACACUCACUCCGCACCGUGGCCCAACUAACCUAACUUGACCUCGCCUGACCUGACGUAACCAUGGUGGACGUGAUCGCAAUCCUGGGGCUGUCCGUGGCGGUGGUGGUGCUGGUGUGGCUGGCGACCUGUGGGACUACCUGCCGCCCUCCUUGGAAGUGCUGCAGGCGUCGCAAUCAAGCCCAAGACGUGGUGACGAUACAAGUGGACCUGAGGAGUGGCGAGGUACGAACAUGCACCAACAGUCUGAGCGCGGCCUUCUCCCAGUCACCCCUGCACAUCACACAGGUCUCCAGAUUGUCACAGCAAGGCAUGCAGGAUGAGGAGAAGGUAACGCCGGGGACUCCCACACGCACGCACACCUCGCUCACCACCACAGCCACGCAGACUCGCUUCUCCUCGCCUUCCAUCCUCAGCACGACAGCGUCAGAAUACUCGUCGGAAGUCGCGCCGCUUGACAAGAGCAUGUGGGAGAGUCUAAGCCCGUCCACCAGUCCCACGAGCACUGAACGCUCCCUCUCCAACACGUCAGGUUACAUCAAUACCACGUACUUCGAGGAGGCCACACAGGCGACCAGAGAGCUCCUACACAGUCCCGCCUCGCUCAGCAUCCGAGAGGCUCCCAAGGCAGGGGUGUUGAUAGAGCUGGAAAGGCUGGACGGCCGCACCAGCUCCUCGUCUCUCCCGUUCACCUCAGGGUCUUCAGAUGACUCCAGCCUGACCAGAAGCACCUCGACGCUUCUUGCAAAAUCAGAGUCUUGUAUCUUCCCUGAUUUGCUGGAUUCUGGUGUGUCUCCCUGUCCUCCCUGCCUGGACACUGACGAAAACAAGGAAAAUAUUGACCCUGACGAGAACAAGGAGAACAUUGACCCAAAUGCCAUCCGCCCUUCGUGUUCUGGCGUAGCAUUGAACCCUGAACUCCCUGAACGCACUCUUAAGCAGACCCCUGAACGUGCCCCAGAGCCAACCACUUCACUAAAAAUGGAUGGAGAGAGGCAGAAUCUAUUACCUCGGUCUGUGGAGUGCGAGGCGGGACCACUACCAGACUCACAGCAGGACCCACAGCCAGACUCGUCCACCUCACCCACCACUCCCGCCUCCCCCGCCUCGCCUGCCGCCAAGGAGGAGGAGGAGGACGCCCCGGUGCCAGACUCAGACAUAGAGAGUUAUCACACCUGCGAGGACAACGCCAGUGACAUGGAGGAGGACACAAACACCAAGGAAACGAUUGACUUGAAGAAUGACUGUGAUGUUUUGGGUGUGCUGAGUGAGUGAGUGAGUGACUGAUAAAGUGCCCAAAAGAGUGAGUGAGAAACCAUUGCCUUUGCUACUGAAUAUGAUGUUUGAGUGAGUGUGUGUGUGUGUGUGUAUGUGUGUGUAUGUAGAGUAUUUUUAAGGUUUUAGAAUUAAUUAUGGUAAGAUUCCUACGAACAAGCGAGUGUAUGUGUGUGUACGAGUGUAUGUAGAGUAUUUUUAAGGUUUUAGAGUUAACUAUAGUAAGAUUCCUACGAGCACUGUCCUGGUGUGAGUCUUUCGGUCAGUUAACGUUACUUUAGCAUGUGUUUUAUUGACUGACCAAGCUCCUGCGGCUGAUUCUGCUUCCUAUGUAUGUUCUGAGCAUAAUCUGAACCUUUUUAAUCAUGACCAUGUGGAACUUCCUAUUGUGUCUCGGGAAAGUCUCAGUGGCUGGAUUUGUUACUUACUUUGUGUAUUCUGAGCAUAUGAGCCUUUAAUUUUAUCAUAUCGUGGGACUUGUUGUAUUUUGGGAUGGUUUUACAGUCACAUUCAGAAACGUCUUGCUCUCACUACAAGUUUUCGCUGUUUUUUUUUUUUUUUUUACUUUGUGUAUUCUGAGCAUAUGAGCAUUUUAUUAUUAUUAUUUUUUUUUUUAUCAACAUGGCAUUUAUUGUUGUAUCUUGGGAAGGUUUUAGUCAUAUUCAGAAACGCCUUGCACUCUUACAACGACAUUUUUUCAAGUCCCCGUAGACAACUAGCUAGGUUUUUCAUGACAGUUUCUCAUUAUAAUGUACCAGAAAUCUUGCUAAUCCAUCACCAGAACUUUAAAAAUACCCUUAAAAACAUGAGUAGCUUUAACUAUAGUCGCCGUGAGAAAGCAUAGCGUUUCUGAAUACUGGUUUUAGUACUGUGGUGUCACGGGAAGGUUUUAUGAAGUGUAUCAGAUUGACGAACGCGGGAAGGUUUUAUGAAGUGUAUCAGAUUGACGAACGCGGGAAGGUUUUAUGAAGUGUAUCAGAUUGACAAACGCGGGGUUUUAAGGUAUCAGAUUGACGAACGCGGGAAGGUUUUAUGAAGUGUAUCAGAUUGACGAACGCAAAACAAUAAAUCACAACACGA